UAAGGCAACGUGAUGUCGGCAUGCAACCAAAGCCGUACGAUUUAUAAAAAUUCCGAAAACUGAACGGUGCAGAUCUCGUUGUUGACUCUGUAGGAGCGUGGCAUUAUUUCGUUAUAAAGAUCAAAUUCAUCUUUUAAUAGUUUCUUCUCAUAUCUGUAAAAAAACAAUGGCGAGCAACAUGGAAGUUUUCUGCGAGAUCUUAAUCGCGAUCCUUCUUCCACCUCUUGGAGUUUGCCUCAAACGUGGCUGUUGCACUGUAGAGUUCUUGAUCUGCUUGGUCCUGACUAUCUUAGGGUACAUCCCAGGCAUCAUUUAUGCGCUAUACGUGAUCGUGUUUCAGAACCGUCAAGGGGAAUCUCAGGAUUACAGUGCCCCACUCAACUCCGCUUGAUCUAUAUAUCUGUUGGUCCAUAUAUGUUGCUGUUUACAUAUUUAUAUGUACCCAAUAAAUUUGCUUUGCAAUCUAAUCUGUUUCCUUACCUAUGUAUUUGAAAAUUUCCAAUUUUAUUGAAUGAAUUCUCACUAUUGGCACGGAAAUGCAACACAUAUAUCUUAUCUCGAGUGUAUAUAUCUCAUCUUUUGUUUUUGUAAUGGUCUCCCAGAUUUUUCUUUUUCUCUCU